GUGGAACUGUUCCUCAGGGGAUCUAUAGCACACUAUCUGAUGUGAUACUGUAGCUGACGGCUGCAUGGUUACAAUUUUGUUUCUAAUAGUAUCUUGGAAGUAAAAUAGUUCAUAAAGUCAUUACUGGUAUGCUGUUGGGAAAUGUCAACACCUGUCGAUGCUUUAUUUUUCAUUAAUUUAGCCACUGUAUUGAAUAAAUACCUGGGGUUAUGUUUUUUUUUUUUCAUAUAAAAGAGACAAAAAGUAAUCAGAUCUAGCAGUCUUUAAUGCUUUUCUGAAGGAUAGGGUUCUUUCCCUCCAAGCAAUAUGAAAUACCUCUAGUUUUGUUUUUCUCCAGAUGCGCUCCAUUUUCUGGGGUGCUCUCUUUGGGGCACGAGUGUGCUCAUUAUACCACAGUGUCAGACUGUUUUCCUUAAUCUUCCUUAAGUGUAAAGGAGCAACCAUACAAAACCGCCAACAAAGACAACUGGCUUCUCUCUCAUUGUUUCUUCAAAAUUGCAAAAAAAAAAAAAAAAAAAAAAAAAAAUUAACAAGAUGCAUCAGAAUCAUUCCGUUUCCAUUCUGUAAUGCAUCCUAGAUUGAAAUAUUCCACAUUUACCAUCCCAUCUAUAUAAUCUUUUGAAUAUAAGAUCAGCAUUUACAUUUUCUCAUUAAAUCCUAAAACAGGAGGAACAGGGGAGAAAAAUGUGAGAGAGAGAAAGAAGGAAAGAGGGAGAUAGAGUUAAGGGGAGGGGCUGUUGUAACAGAUGCUCUCUAAUUUAAAGCUAGAACGUGUGUGUCAGUGGCGAGAUGGGCUGUGAAGAGCGCAAGAGACGAAUAUAGUAGAGCUGUGUUAUACAGCUUACCCUAGCUGUAUUGAUUUGGAUGCCAGAGACUGCGAUAGAGAGAGAGAGAAGUGUAGCCACUUUUUCAGAUGGUCUCUCCUACCUGACACACAAACAUGCUGCGGUUACAGGAAAGAGAACUGGACAGUGACUAUCUGCGAAAUAGUGAAAUAAACAAGUGAAGAACUGCAGAUGCCCAACUCUGCUUGGAAGAAGAGUGUGUGUGAGAGACAGAGGCAAGUAACAAGAUAUUAUGUGAGGGAUAAAAAAGACAGACGCAGACCCUUGUGCUUGGACCGGUGGGACCUGAAUUGCAGAAAGCAAAUUCUGCAGGAUGCAUUGCUGUUUUUAACCCUCGACGCUGCUUCUGAAUGGAUUUGAUGCAUUUUAUGAAUUACAGAAGAGAACAGAAAGUGUGUUUUGGAUGCUGAAUAAUAUAUUAUGUGAAAAAUUGAUGUGUUAUGAAUUAGUGGUGUGAUUUAAUUGGUCUUACGGACCGAAGCUGCCUAUGGAUACAUUUUGUACACAAAAUGAAAGGAAGAAGCUGGAAAUUAAUGGAAAAGACAAGAGACUAACAUCAAAGAUGGUAUAAGGGAAGAGAAGGCUCAUGACACAAUGAAUGGAAGGAUUUUCUAUUUAAAGUAUGGUGGCUGUAGAAAUGUAAAUUCAGCCUUUCAAUUAGAAGAAACAAUCAUCUUUUUUUAAUUUGUAGGCCUCGGCUGCUUAUUUACUCUUGAACAUGCAUUAGCUGGAAAAAACAGUUUUGAGUGGUAUUUUUCGCUAAAUAUUUAUUUGAUUUUAUUAUAUUAUAUUUUGGAAUUUUGACCAAAUGUAAUUUUUCAUGUUGAGAUGAGGUUUAAUGAUUGAAGGGUUUACAAAGAUUGCCACCAAUUAAACCGGAGUGAUAGUUGCACUUAUUUUGUAGCCAAAUUUAGUCUAGUAAUGCUAUUUUCAGUCAUUUUUGUGUGUGGGUGGCGAGAAUGAAGCUCUUCGUGCUUUGCUCUGCACUGGCCCCGCCCCCCACAACACCUUCUAUUCACGCCUUGGCCCCGCCCCUGCCCUCUUCUGAUCAUGCAAGUGCUGCAGAUUGUUAAGGAGCUGGUGUCGCCCUCUCGCCGCCGUGCCAGUAGCCGAUUUGCAGCGUCUGAUUCAGAGCAGGAUGCUGCAGUGAAGUUGGAACAGGAGCGAGCUGAGAUACUUGACAAAUAUGACAAGGGUAAAGAAAGUGCGAAGGUGGAGCCUUGGGAGGAGACCAAUUUUGAUCUGUAUAAAGUGGUGGACCGCUUCGGAUUCCUGCAUGAGGAUGAGCUUCCAGUGUAUGACGUAGUGGAGGAAAAGCAAAAACAUCUGGAAGUGGAGAGAACGACAAAAUGGCUGAAAAUGUUGAAGAGCUGGGAGAAAUACAAGAACAGCGACAAGCUGGCAAGAAGGAUCUAUAAGGGAAUUCCACUGCAGCUCAGAGGUCAGGUUUGGUGUUUGCUGCUCGACAUCCCCAAAAUCAAGGAGGAGAAAAAGGACUUCUAUGAGAAACUGAAGAUCAGAGCCAGGCGGUUGUCUCCAGAUAUUCGUCAGAUUGAUCUGGAUGUGAAUCGUACAUAUAGAGAUCACAUCAUGUUCAUGCACCGCUAUGAUGUCAAACAGCAGGAUCUGUUUCAUGUGCUCACAGCAUAUUCUGUAUAUAACACGGAGGUGGGCUAUUGUCAGGGCAUGAGUCAGAUCACUGCUCUGUUGCUCAUCUAUAUGAAUGAGGAAGAUGCUUUCUGGGCACUGGUCAAACUGCUGUCUGGACAGAAACACGCCAUGCACGGUUUCUUUAUACCAGGGUUCCCUAAACUCAUGCGCUUCCAGGAGCAUCAUGACCAUAUCCUGCAGAAGAUGAUGCCUAAGCUUAAGCAACAUCUAGAUAAUCAAGAGGUGUACACCAGUCUGUACACUUUGAAAUGGUUUUUUCAGUGUUUCUUGGAUCGGACUCCAUUCACGCUCACGCUGAGAAUAUGGGAUAUUUAUAUUCUGGAAGGAGAGCGAGUUCUGACUGCAAUGUCUUACACCAUCCUCAAGCUGCACAAAAAAAUCCUCUUGAAGUUGUCCAUGGAGGAGCUGGUGAAGUUUCUGCAGGUGACUUUGUCAAAGGAUUUCUUUUAUGAGGAUGACUUUGUGAUCGAGCAGCUUCAACACUCCAUGUCUGAGCUCAGACGAACUAAACUGGAGCUGCCACCUCCAGGUAACGAGGAUGAGUUUCCUAAGAAACCAUUAGGUCAACUUCCUCCUGAGCCUCCAGGAUUGGCAGCAGCAGGAACGAAUCAUAUGGCUAACGGGCAACUGGUCGGGAAGACAGUUGAGGGCCUUCCCCCUCAUGUUUCGAGCCCUGCCGCAAGCGCCAGUAAACAAGCAGAGUCUGGUCCUGUCACUGAUGGAACACCAGAGAGGUACCAAGAAAGUCGGCCACCCAGCUCAUUGGACAAGGUGCCUCAUCCAGACAAGAGCGAGAGGGAUCGUCGAGGUGUGGACACUCAAAAGGAACGAGUCCCAACCCACAUUCCCAACAGCAGCGCAACAGGUGGUGGGAAGGUGCUGACCCAGAACCAGGUGAAUCACAACUCCAAUGCUAGAUCCAGCAUGCGCAGGGACAUUGCACCUCGCUGGGUCAAGCCUUCAGAGGGCAAACUGGAAGCAGUCAAGGCUGCAGCACGGGAAAGCCAGUCCAGUAUAACUAUGGGUGUUCCACCCUCGCCCAGCUCCCCAACUGAAGAGGAGGCCACCGGGCCACAGCACAGACCCCAUUCACGAACGUUUGUUCCAGGCUCCAACCGUGGCUCCAACGCCUCGCAAUACGACAAUGUCCCAGGACCGGAUGGAGAGGUAAUGGAGAUUAUACAGCUUGAGAAACCGCCCUCUCGCCCCCCCUCCCGACCGUACGUUGGGCCAUCUUUGAGACAGGGCAGUCCCACCCGUCUCCCUAGUGAUGGAACUGGCGUCUCUCCCUUUAGAAUGCCCAAACAGAGCAUGAUGCAGUCCAAACCAGAACCCCAUGCACCUCUGCACUACCCACCUGGCAUGACUCCUGUCUACACUCCCUACGUUUCUGAUUCUCGGUCCGAGGACAGACUAUACAGGCAUCCGUACGCCGAGCAAAUUUAUGCAACUACGGGACGUGGCUCAUCUAACCCUUCGCCUGAGAAAACACUGAUGAACAACAGCUACUUAACCUACCGACGGCAACCGCCAAACAUGCCCCCUCUCAGGGUUGCUCCGGCUGAGCUUUCGUCCCAGAUAGACAGUGUUGGCGAGGGCGGGUAUUACAUGCGACAACCCACCCGACUGCUGGGCUCUCCCGCUUACCUGCCCACAGAACUGCGUUAUGAGGCAGACAGACGGAGAGAGGGCUGGUAUGGGGACAUGGAGGCGGGGCCUCCACGAUCUCCUGUAGGACUACCUCGAUCUCCCAGCUUCCAGAAAGCUCAGCUCUCUCCCGUUCACCCCAUUCAGGAGUUUAACUUUGCACCUGCAAAUAUCUCGGACGCUGUGCUCCAUUUCAGAGGACCCCACCAAGAGCACUCCAGCAGGCAACAGCUCCCCCCACUGUUUGGUGGAACACACUACAGGCAGGCGCAGGAGGCCUUUGCAAUGCAGGAGUCCAUGCUGCUCUGAGAGGGACAGACAGGGACCAAGAUAGAGGGAUAUGUAUGAAUGAUGGCUAGCAAGCAGUUUUGUGUUGGUUUAAUUUUUUUGCAUUCCGUUUUGUUUGUUUGUUCAUUCGUUUGUCUGGCAAGUCUUACCACAUCAAAGACUGACUAAAGAAAUUUACUUUUGAUUUUAUUUGUACAUUUUUGUCCAUAAAAUAACCAUUAACUGCAGAUGUGAGUUAUAUAACAAAGCUUAAAUGUGCAAAGAGAGAAUUUUUUGUUUCUUUGGUUAGCACACUGAGAUAUUUAAAUAGAGGGUUAUGGAGAGUCUUUUUAAUAUGGACAAACUCAGUUACCAAUCAAUUAUCAUCUAUUUUUUUAUGCAUUUCAGACAUAAACAUACUUUAGAGAACACUUUAUUCCUUGAUUGUGAAUAUAUAUUUUUAAGAACAAAGAUAUGUGUAAGUUGGAUAUGUAUAUUAUAAAGAACUGUAACAGUGAACAUAAUCGCUGUUUGACAGAACAUUUCAAUGCAACACUACAGUGUUCAAGUGAAAGUAAGAACCUUGUUUGUAAGGCUUGUGUUUUUAGGUUAUAUAUAUAUAAAAUGCAGAUAUUUCAUCUUAAGUUGAAAGGGAAUUUUAGGGGUAUGUAAGUUCUCAAAAUCUGUUGCACUGACCAGCAAGUAGAUAUCAUAUUUUCAGUUCAUCAAGGUAACAGAUCAAUAACUGAUGACACCAACUGAUGCCAGAUCUUGAAUUAAAAUUAUAAAAGCUGCCUUGGAUGUGACCAGCAAAACAUGACAAUUGUGUUACUGUCAUUAGCAGAGAAUUCUGUAACAAAGGGUGAAUUUAAGUAAAUUGGGCCCUUUUGGACAGUUAAAGUGGCCCAAUUUACCCAAAUCAUCCGAAAAAUGUCUGUCUGUGAUGCCAGUGCAAGUUAUGCAAGUAGUUACCGAAUCACAAAUCUGUUCAGUAAUUCAGUAAUAUGGCUGGUAGUUUGUAACAUGCAGUGUUAAGCUGGUUGUACCUGUGCUGUUACUCAGUGGAAUUCUUCAAAAAAUCAACUUUUUUACAACAGAUUAUCAAAUUCAAAUUUCACAAAAAGCACAGGUUUUAUAGAUUAUAACAAAAUCAAGCUGUACAGCUCAUUGAAUCUCUGGAGAUCUAUUGGUAAAUUUCCAGUCCGUAUUUAAGUCCACUCUGUCCAACUAACCUUUUUUUUUUUUUUUUUUUUUUUUUUUUUUUUUGAUUGAAUACUUUUAUUAAAUUUUUUUUAUUUUACUGUAUUCCAAAUCAGUACUAUAGUAAUGAACCAAGACAACAUAAGUAAAUUAUCAGAAGUGCUGUUUUGCAAACCUUACGGAUGUAUUUCAGUGAGGUUAAGGUGAGGCUGUUAAAGGAUUUAUUUUGGAUUUGAUUUGAUUAUCCAUUUGCAUGGAGCCAUUAUCGGCAUUAUUUUCUCCAACCACAUGGACAUUAGGUGGACCUGUGUUUAUCAUCUUACUUGACGUUAUUCACUAAACAGUACUUUCCAUGUACCUUGACUUGUACCAUUUUUCUUUUUCUUUUAUCGGCAAACUUGACUUGACUUUAUGGCAGGCCAACACUACCAGCUUAUUUCACACAUUCAUUUAUACACACCACACACCAGUAGGUUUGCUACUAAAUAAGUAGCAAAUUGAUUAUUUCAUAAUACACCCUAACGACCUGUCCAAACAUUUACAUGUAUUCAUUUGGCAGAUGCUUUUAUCCAAAGCGACUUGCAGUUGAGGAAUGCAACAAACAAUUUACCAUAAGAUGGCAAUAAACACGAGAAGUGCCCGUUAUACAAGGUUUCAGUCAUCGUUCAAAAUAGUAAAAGCAAGGACAGGAAGGGAUAAAGGAUAAUAAGACAAUAACUAGAAGUCACUUUGGAUAAAAGCAUCUACCAAAUGAAUAAAUGUAAAUGUAG